AAUUGACUAACAGGUCAUCCGCGAUGGCGCGUCAAGUCGGAGUCGCUCUCUCACUGUUGCUGUCGGUGACGCUGGGCCUGGUCGGGGCCCAGAAUCCGGCUCCGGUGGUGAACACCACUGCCGGGCCUAUACAAGGUGUCAUGCAGCAAACGGCGUACUAUUACCAGCCGUACGCAGCCUACUUGGGGAUCCCAUACGCCGAGCCACCGCUUGGAGAACUGAGGUUCAAGCCUCCAGUUCCAGUGAAACCAUGGACGGAGGUUCGCAACACUUCCCAAGAUGCCGAUGCCUGCACGCAGAUCGAUCUCAUCACGGGCAACUUCUUGGGUAGCGAGGACUGUUUGUACCUCAACGUGUACUCCAACAAUGUCGGCGGCAAAGAGUUGAAACCGGUCUUGGUUUGGAUAUACGGCGGAGCGUACAUAUCAGGAUACUCCACGAGCAACUUUUACGCACCUGAUUUCUUCCUCGAAGAGGGCGUUAUACUUGCUGCUUUGAACUAUCGCCUCGGCGUGUGCGGAUUCUUGAAUCUGGCGCACCCCGACGCUAUGGGCAACGCAGGUUUGAAGGACCAGAACCUGGCUCUCCGUUGGGUGCGGGACAAUAUAGCGAAGUUCGGCGGUGACCCGAACCAGGUGACCCUCUUCGGAGAAAGCGCUGGCGCUGUUUCCACAGGAUUCCAUGUUUUGUCACCGAAAUCGGAAGGACUCUUCCAGCGAAUAAUCUACCAGAGUGGAACACCUUUGUGCCAGUGGGGCAUCCAGACACCACAGAAAGCUUACUCGAACGCCUUAGAUCUCGCCAAGAGCCUCGGUUACAACGGAGACACCACGGAAGAGUUGCUGAGAUUCUUGAUCGACGCUAAUAUCGACGCUUUGGUUAACGCAACGAUGAAAGUCGACUAUGGGGUGUUGCCGUUCCGGCCAACGGUAGAGGACCCGACGCUGGUAACCGACGACAGCGCGAUGAUAACUCAAUGUCCGAUAAAGUUGUACCAAACCGGAAAUUACUAUAAAGUCCCAACUAUAAUCGGUCGCAACGCGGACGAGAUGCUGUUCUUCUUGAACCUUUUACUUGGCAAUGGAACUCACAAGGAAGCGAUAUCGAACAUAUUAUCCGAUGGAAUCGGUAUCACUGGAAUAGCAAACGAGCUACUGUCGGAAGUGUCAGCGUUUUCGAUCAACACCAUACCCGACAGCUGGUUGCAGUUGUUCAUACGGUUCUUUACCGAUUUAUUCUUCGAUGCUCCCAUCGAUCUGACGCGGGAACUGUUAUCUAAGACGGGCGACGGAAAUCCAAUUUAUUAUUACUUGCUCCAGUUCAGGUCGCAAUACCCUAUACACGAGAUUGUGGGUGUUACCAUAAACGGAACGUCGCACGUGGAUGACGUCGGGUACCUGUUCAACGUGGACCUGUUGAAUGCUCCAACAGAUACGAAUCAUCCCUUGAACGUGUUCAGGAAGAAGUUUGUCAAUCUGUGGGCGAACUUCGCUAAAUAUGGAAACCCAACACCACCGAACGAAACGGGUAACAACACGUUCGGUGUGACCUGGUUGGACAGCAACCCGACUGGCAUCCAACUGGAUAUCAACACAACAUCCACCAUGGCACCAAAUUCUUUGGAUGCAUUAGCCAUAUAUUAUAAGAACCUCCUACCUUCUCUACUUGUGGGCGAAACCGGCUGCCGGGCGUAAUCGACCGAGAUACUUUCAGCCCCUUCUUACCAAUUACGACAACAACCACUCUUAAUUAUGUGUAUCUAUUAUUAUUAACCAUGUGAAUAUAUGCAUAUCAUACAAUAAAUACUUACGAUAAUGAAA